GCAUCGCCCGUAUGUAGACAGACACCGAGUUUUCCAUAUUCCACUGUGCAGUGCACUUAUCGAAUUAGUGCCCGUGUCGCGUCCUCGGUAAAAUGCAGAUUUUCCAUAACAGUCUGCUCCUCCAGACGGAUUUACUUUAAUCGGCUCCACUUUCAAGGAUUCCAGAGAUCGGAAAUUUGGCAUCUCAAAAGGACGGAAAAUAACUCGCAUCAAUUUGUCCCAGCAUCCUGAAAUCUGGACCGGGAUCAAUGUAAAACCCGACACCUAAAGCUAACGCCUAAUGUCAAGUCAAUAUCCUGAAAAUACGUCACAGAAGUCUGAAUGUCUCGCAGUUCGCCAUAAAGUUUUGCUCGCCGGUAGUUCUGUUAAUUGAAAUUAGUGAAGUUUACCUUGUGGAAAAUGCAAAAGCGAGUGGGCAGUGAUGUGAACACCUCGCAUGUUUGUGAAGGGGAUGUUGUCUCGUGAAAAGUGUGGUGAUUUUAUUUUAAUCCGAAGGAGGAACUUUGGAGUGGACGCUGCCCUCUGAGACUUUAUUUGCGGAAUCACUAACACAAGGCUGUCUGCCAGAAGAUAGCACUAUGGUAGAUGCGCGAUGGCUGCCCAGUGCAUGUGGAAGCCUAAUACCGGCCCUGAUACCUCCGGCACACAUAGCCGUCUUAUGGUUCUUCUGGCAAAACUACGCUCGAUACGUGGACAAAAGAUUCUGCUCGUGUUCUUGCUGGGAUACAGUCUUCAAAGGACCUUACGAAUCAGGCAUCGCGUCCUACAAGCACAUGUACUUCAAUGCGACACAGAACACCAUGAAAAUGUGGCUGCUGACAGUUAUUAGCAUCAUAUCCUUGUAUGAAUGCAUUAAGCAAUUAGUGAUAUUAGUUUUACAGCACAGGGUGAGAUGGACGAUGGUGCUGCUUUUCGUUCUAUCUAUAUUUUCGCAUUAUUAUGCCUGGUGGGCGUAUAUUAACUAUUACAACGAUGAAUACUACGAACAAUGGAAUCAUCAAUUGUUUUUCACGAUAACAGAACUGAUGUCAACAGUAAUGGUAAUGCAUUUAGCCAGCACAGAUAACGCGGUCACAUCGAAAAAGAUACUUUGCAUAGUUGGUAUCGCACUCCUGCACAUAGCCGCGAGCAGUUUCGACCAGUUCAUCAUGAAUGUGAUUCGAGGUGAAGGAUACGCGCACCAGGUUGUGAGAGAUUUAGGAUUUAUGAUACCCGACAUGCUGCAGCUUAUCAUACCCAUUUGGCUGUUCCGUCAAGCCCGCCGUGAAUGCUAUACAACAAAGCCCUUUCAUCGUGAUCGCAAUCUACACAAGGAUAUUGUUACAAUGUUAUUUUUUGUAUUUGUACUAUUCGCGAUAUGUUCAAUACUUUGAAUGUUUCAUACAGAGGAAUUGAUGUGCCCUAAUGGAUAUCCUCUAUGGCACUAUAUGAUAAUAACUUCCAAGUAAAAAUUGGAUAAAGCAGGUGGUAUAUAUAAAUAGCCGUGUUUUGAUCGGUUUGUUUAGAGGUAACUGUGUGAUGUCGUCGAUAAUAAUUGUAUUGAUACCGCCAUGCAUCUGUUUUAUUCUUUUUCGCUGUAAGGACAUAUGGAGAGAAAUUCCAACUUUCCAAAACUGCAUAUCAUAAAUCCCACCAAUUAUACAAGAACUCUUUUCGGAAUAUGGAACUCAAGCGGACAUGAACUUCAGUGAACCUAUGUUACUGCUUUCAAGAAGGAUCCAGAAAACAAAACAUAAAGAGCGACCUGAAGCUAUCAGUUCCAGAGAUAUCUUAUUUUUCAUCGGAAAAACCACCAAACAUGCAUCCAUAUCUGCUAAGUUGGGAAUUCCUCCAUUUUACGAGUUUUUAAUAUUCAUAACAAAAUAGCAUGAGCGGUACGGCGAAAAUAUUGUUAAAAUUAUGCAAUUUAAAUUAUAUUAAUUUAUAAAGUUUGUAGUGGGAACUUUGUUGAAUUGAAUCCAACGUCAAAGCCUUCUUCCAUCUGACAUUGAAUCUUUUGGUCAACGCGGAUGCUUUCGCGAAUUAUCGAAUUUUCAUUCUUCCAUUAUUUUUAUUUGAUAGUUACUUAUCUUUAUUAAAUAGAACAUAAAAAUGAAUUUAAAUGAAAUUAAUCCAAUAAGUAGUGCCCAUGAAAGUUAGAAGUAGUGUAGACAUAUCAUUCCAAUUAUUUCCAUUUUAUAAAAAUUUUUUUGUACCUAAGCGGAAGUGUAUCAAAAAAUAAUCAAAUUUGAUUUCAACUCGAAAAAAUGAAACAAAAAAGUUUUCCCAAAUAUUAAUUACUAAUCUACGCACAAUAUAUUAGUUAAUUCCUACUUCCCCUUUUUGGCCGUCCAACGGAAGGUUCACACCAGUUCUGCUUUUUCUGUUUUUAUCCAUACCUACCCUACCCCAAAAUAGUGUGGCUUGCAAUGCAAAUCUUGUCAUAUUCUUAUUAACUACAUGUCAACGUCCCACGACCCCGACUUUAGUUUGGGAAGAGAAGAAAGAAGCAAAGCUGUAGAGAGAAAAUCCGGCCCCGGGGUGAAAAUAAAGUGGAAAAACGGUGAAAAUUAUAUGAUGCGAGGUGAUUAUUAUGGCGACCCCACAUUACCCCUCUUUUCGUUGAAAUCCCUAUUCCGGGCCAUGAUGAAACUCCGAGCCCGGGGAAAUACCUCCUUUUCGACCCCUUUCCCGCAUGUCUAAGCAGAAGUGUUUAUGGGCCGGCACACAAAGAUGGAUAGUAUGAAACGUUCCCUUGACAAAAGCCGAUAAUUUCACCGAAUAAUUGAAUACGUCAAACUUUGUGCCAACGAAACAUAAUUUGCAGCAAACUUGUAUGCCAUUUGUAAUCAUAUCAGUAACUAUUCCUACAAUCAGGGACACCAUGAUUGAACGUCGCCCUAAACACCAUGGUCUUAUCGGGCCAAAUUAUCUAAAGACCAAUAAACAAAUUUUGAUUCGCCAAAAUAAAGUAAAAAUUUUACCUUAUCGAAAUUGAAUCUGAAGUAGUCUAAGAUUCGCACCUUAAAAAAAUCUUUUCGUUUUUUUCGGAGAAACUUUCAAUUUUUUCUCCGUCAAAGAAGCUUUCAAUCUAACGCAUUUCAAUGCUCUUUGAGGUGUAGGCCUGC